UGUUCUAUGUCAAAUGAUUCUAUUGUACUGUUUCUGUGGUUCAAAUGAACUAAAAUAUAUUUUUGCAAAUGUAAAUGUCAAUUAUUUGACUUACUUUACUUUCCAGAAAUCAGAUUUCACUUGUACACCGAACAGCGAGUUGAAAGGUUAAAAUUCCAGUAUUCAUCAUGAACUCACUACUUCGUCACAGUCAUAGAGUAUCCAAUAGAAUUAUUUCUGUAGCUACUAGGUGCAUUGGAACUUCUCAAUUCAGGUAUGCCUCGUUCAAGGUCCAAGAUGAUAAGGAUUUUUUGGAAAAAGUAGAAAACAGUAAAGAGCCCAUUAUCGUGGAUUUUUUUGCCAAUUGGUGCGGACCCUGCAAAGCCCUAGAGCCCAGGUUGCAGAAUGUUAUUGCACAAAGAAAGGGUCAAAUCUCAUUGGCUAAGGUGGAUAUCGACGAUUUAGGGGAAUUAGCUGCUAAAUAUGAGGUGAGCACUAUUCCUGCUCUAGUGGUGUUUGAAAAUGGAAAAGCCAAGGAAAGGUUGAUUGGAUUACAAGAUGAAGACAAGUUGAAUCUCUGGAUCGACAGGAUAUUGAAGAAAUAGAAAUUUGAUAAUGAUUUGCUGGUUGUAAAUAAGUGAUAUAUUUAAUUAAUGAGAUUUAUUAAAUUAGUGAUGAUGAAAUGAAAAAUGGCUUGAAUCAAUUAUAUCUUACACCUUUAAUACAAGUGCUCGAUAAAAUAGCAAUAAAAUGUUAGUAUCCCGUUGAA